UUUGCCUCCUCAUUCUCUCUCUCUCUCUCUCUCUCUCUCUCUCUCUUUUUUUUCUCUCCCUCUCUUAUCUAACCCUUGCUAAUAUUUUUCUUCUCAAUAGCGGUUUCAAAUUUUUUUUUUCUCGGUCUUCUUUUAUUUGAAAAAAUAGGAUAAAUUUUUUUUUUUUUCCAAGAUCUGCAACAAUAUAGUUUGCCCCUGGAUUUGAAAUAUUUACUUUAUAAGGGGUCUUGUUGCAAAAAUAAAUUUUUUGUUUUUUUUGGUUCUGGAAAAAAUAAAAAAUAAAAUUAUCUUCUAUCCUGGGGCCUUGUUGGGAUUUGUGGGUGGAUUUAAAUGCACUGUAGCUGACGUGGCAUGCACCAAAAACAGCCAUGAAUACAAAAACAAUGCGUCUCCCACCCCGUCGAAUUUUGACGCCAAACAAGCGCAAAGAGAGCGAAGGUGUAGUUAACGCCCUCUCCACGACAAAAAAGCAAAAGCCGGAUUCACCUCUACCCGACUCAAACAAAGAACCCGACCCGGCUCCAUCUAAUCAACUCCUAGCCGGGUACUUGGCCCAUGAAUUCCUAACAAAAGGUACGCUCUUCGGCCAACCGUGGGACCCGGCUAGAGCCGAGUCAUCGCCUGCUGCGUCAGUUUCAAAGUCGAUGGAAGCGAAGCCGAGUGAAAGUCCAGAAUCGGAAGCCGAGCCGCAUGUGGAAAACAUCCAGCGAUACUUGGAAGUGGCAGAUUUGAUGAAUAGGGUGUGGAGCAAUUCCAUUGGGUCACAAAUGCUCGGUGGCUCCUAAUUAAACCAAGUAAAAGAAAAAAAAAAAAAUCUCUCUCUCUCUCUCUCUCUCUCUCUUUUUCUUAUUACUUUUCUUGUUUUUCUUUUCUUUUUAAUUUUGUCCAUUUUUUUUCUUGUUUUCUUUCUUUUUAUUUCUAUGCCCGUGACGAUGAUUGGUGAAAAAUCAAUCUCUAUUAGAAUCUAGAUAGAUGGAAAAUUUUUCUGUGUAUACGUCGCUGGCUUUACACUUGGUAUUCUUGUGUGUAUGCACUAGAGACAUGCAUGCAUGAACAUGAUGAUGCCCAUGAUGAUCAUGAUUAUUAUCUGAUCCAAUCAAUUGUAUAAAUCAGUUCAUGAAAAUUUGGUUUUCUUUUUUUCUUU